AUGGCCGCUCCGCUGUAUACGACAUCUUCUGGGCUUUUAUGGCAUGCAGGAAAGAUCCUAAUCGUCGUCGCUGGUCUACCUGCACGCGGCAAAACGCACAUUUCUCGCUCUCUAGAACGCUAUCUGCGAUGGAACGGAGUUACAACAGAGGUCUUUUCAUUAGGAGAUUAUAGACGAAAGACGCUAGGACACGCAAAGGCUCUUCCCGCAGAUUACUUUUCUCAUGGCGCAAAAAGUGAAGAGACAUUGAAGAUUCGGAACUCCGUCCGAGAGCGAUGUGAACGUGAUAUCCACGACUUUUUCGAACACGCGGGACAAGUCGCAAUCUACGACGCAAACAAUGGGACAAAGCAAUCCAGAAGAGCCCUUUAUGAUCGCUUCCACUCGGUUGGAUACCAUGUCAUCUUUCUCGAGUCGGUCUGUAAUAACCAGGAGAUUGUUCUAGCAAAUAUCCGUAGUGUCAAGAUCUCUUCACCUGACUACGCGCAAUGGGAUCCAGACGAAGCUGUCAAGGAUUAUAUGAAACGUAUUGCGGACCACGAGCGACACUAUGAACCCGUCGAAGAAAUGGAUAUUCCUUGGAUCCGUCUCUUCAAUGUCGGAGAAAAGAUUCAGAUAAAUAAAAUCCAAGGAUAUCUUCAAUCGAGGAUUGUCUUCUUCCUGAUGAAUAUCCACAAUCGACAACGAUUCAUCUACUUUGCUCGCUCUGGACAAUCCCUCAUCGAGCACUCCUAUCGUGCAGACUCAGAUCUCUCUCCAAGCGGAUGGGACUACGCCAAGGAGACUAAAGAAUUUUAUGAUCGAGCGGCCGCUCCCACGGCCUCACGAAGCCGGAAUCGAGGUCCCUGGUCCCGUUUCGCCUCGACCUCCGGCCAACUCGACCUCCCACCUACACAAGCCGCCUACUCUAGAAUAAAGGUAGUCGAAAAGAGUCGCCUCUGCGAGAUCAACCCAGGGGUCUGGGAUGGAUUGUCGCCCGAUGAUGUACGCACACGAUAUCCAUUGGAAUGGGAGGACUUCCUCCGUGACCCCUAUGGCCAUCGUGCUCCUCGAGCAGAGAGCUAUCACGAUCUCUGUAUUCGACUCGAGCCGAUUCUCAUUGAGCUGGAGGAUAUGAAGGAUGACUUGCUCAUCAUCUCCCAUGCUUCUGUCAUUCGCUGUCUAUUAGCGUACCUCGUCGGCCUACCAGCGCAUGAAGUGCCUGCUGUGGACAUUGCGCGCGGCGACCUUAUUGAGGUCCAGCCCAGCGCAUAUGGCGUCAAGACACGGAUGUUCCACUUCUGGAGCGGUCCCGGCAGGAAGGAUGGGGAGGUUGCAACACAAUCCAUGCCAGAUCCAACAGUGGGGAUUCUCACGCCCCCUGUAUCGAGUCCACCACGCAGCGUUUUACACCUCGACAGAACAUAUCGCUCUCGGAGCUCAAGUCAGGCAGACUUGGGGGACUCGUUAAGCAUGACGCAUGCAGACCACCAGGACGAAACUCACCAUGGAGAAAACCAUGAGGAGAACGUAUCUGCACCCAUCGACAUUCCUAAGCCCACCUCCGAGACGCAGCAGGCUGCUAUUCUUGACCUUGGUCUGGAGACACCCAACGCUUCCAACACUCAUGGGCUGUCAAAGUCGCCCUCUAUACCCCCACGCAAGGUUCUUCUGGCCGCCAAUCCGGCCGAGCCACACCCACAGCAAGAGAACUCGGUAGCAGAGCCAGAAAGUCCGACAGAAGCAAGCAAGGUGCUGCCCAAAGUAGAACCAAGCCUCGGCGCGGAUGAAGCUGGACAAGUAGCUGCGAAGAUUGAAGCGGCAGAUACCCGUCCGACAUUUUAUGAGAAUGUCGUUGAGGGGGCGACGAAGAGGAAGAAAACGCAGGGACCAACAGUGAUUUCGACGCUCCAAUAG